AUGAUGAGAUCUCCAACCUGUCUCUCCCUGCUUAUCAUCGCCUUGUUGCCCAUGGCAAAGCUGUGGGUGCUUGCCCACCAACUGUCGGCUCCAUGUGCCUUGAGAACGCCCGCACCAAUUCCACUUGCUCCAAUGCAAUCUCGUGUCUACCGCGUUGGAGUGCUCGCCAAUCGAGGCGUGGAGAGAGCAGUGUCUCAGUAUCAAAUGACAUUUGGAGACUACUUGACCACCACGGUUGGCCCAAAGUUUGAUCCUCCCAUUUCGUUUGAAAUGGUUCCAGUGCCUAUCAGCGAAGCUCCAAUAGAUGAGCUCCCAAAGCACGACUAUGUGUUUGCCAACCCAGCCAUUGCUUCCUGCAUCGACUCGGAAGUUGGCUUGAAACCGUUGGUCAGUCUCGUAUCCAAGCGCAAAAGGGGGGACGAAGUCGUCGAGUUGUCUCAAUUUGGGGGUGUGAUCUUCACUCAAGCGGGAAACACAGAGGUCAACAAUGUGCAAGACUUGAAGGACAAACGCGUUGCAGCUCUUGGUCUUUCCGCGUUUGGGGGAGCGCAGAUGCAAUUCCGGGAAAUGAUCAGGGCCGGCCUCCAUCACCUGCAAGAUCCCAAGCAAAUACUCUUUUGCGAGACCCAGGGAAACAUUGUGAAGGCAGUCCUUGAUGGGAAAGCAGAUGUGGGCUUUGUCAGAACUGAUCAACUUGAACAGUUCAUUGAUCCUGCUACUGAUCAAGUCCUGGACUUGUCCAAAGUCAAGAUUAUCAGACCCUUGCCAGAAGACCUGGCGGAUGGAACGCCUUUUCCAUUCAUCAAGACCACACAGCUCUACCCAGAGUGGCCCUUCUCGAGCACACCCGAUGUCAGCGAAGAUAUUGACCUGGAGGUUCAAAAGAGCCUUCUCGAGCUUUCGCAGCACGCGAGCGCAGCGUCUGCACUGUUGGAGUGCUACGAACAGAGCAACUGUACAAGUAGUCCUCUUCUGGAUGAAGAUGCCCGAAAUGACUGCGAAGAAGCGUGCUUUCAUGAGGUUCAUCCCGUUGCCUCCGAAAGUUGUUUGGUAGACCGAGAGACAAUACUUUUGGCUGACUUGAGUAAAACUGCUGCCAAGAAUGCAGGAUGGCGGCCAUCUCUGUCAUACAUGACCAUUCGAAACUUGCAGAGGGAAAUAGACUUCCUACAAAGAAACGAUGAAGGCAAUUUUCAAUGCGUGAGGGCCAAAACCCUUGCAGAUGCCGUUGUCUGCCCUCAAGGACACUUCAAGAAAAACGAGAAUGAUAUUGACACCAGUUGCGAGGAUCUUGGGAUGAGUUGCCACGGCUACAAUGAUGUGAUUGCCUUCACGCAGAACAAUCGAAAGACCAAUCAAGACGUUGGAAAAGUCAAGGUCCAUGUGGAAGAGGAAACCGAACUGUAUCCCAUGCAGCGAGUUGACGGCAACAGUUCUUCCGAGGAGGUCUUCAGGUACCAGUUUGAGUUUGAUGCUACGGACAGGAAAACAGGGUUCCUGAUCAUGGAAGUCACUGUCACCGAGAACGGAGAAACCGAGCAAAUCCCUCAGUCGCCUUUCCGCCUCGAGGUGCAAACCAGAGACUGCCAAGAAGCCACCGGUGAUUCUUUGCGGGUUGCUGAUGAGAGCGGUAACUGUGUCUGCGAGACCUCAUCGGUUGAGAUUGGUUCCAGCUGCAUCAGUUUGGCUGUGCUGCUUCCUGCCAUAAUCGUCCCAAUUGUCGUGCUCCUCGCCAUUGUCAUCACUUGCAUUGUCAUCAAAAACAAGGCAGAGAAGAUCUCUGUGGAAGACACAAAGAGAUAUGCUUUUGGCACCCCACCAACAACAGGAAAGGUCAAUUUCGGGCUGUACCUGGCAUCAUACCGUGGAGCCCAAGUGGCGGUGAAGCAAAUCCGUUAUGCCAAUCAAGGGGUCUCAAAUAACCCAUCCAUUCAUUUGAAACAAGGAGGAACGCUAAUACCUCUUCUCAAGGCCAGAGUGAAGUCGGAGUUCGACCAGGAUGAAACAUCUACAUCUACGACAGAACUCGGGGAUAUUGAGACUGGAUUUGGGAACAAGUCUUGCCUCUUUGUUGCACAUCCGCAGAGUAGCCACAGCUCACCAAGCACUGCUCUCACUGGGAGGGCAUUCACUCAUUCCUCAUCGAUGCCCUCAUCCUCGCCAUCGCCCACGACGCUCAAGCGAGAGAUCAAGAUACUCUCAAAGCUCCGUCAUCCAAACAUUGUAUCGGGGUAUGGCCGGUCGUGA